AUGGGGUUUUUCAGACAGCUUUUCCUCCUCCUCUGGAAGAACGUCACAUAUCGCAGAAGGAACAAGAUCCAGCUAAUCAUUGAGCUCCUCUGGCCACUCUUCCUCUUUGUUAUCCUCAUCUCUGUUCGCCAUUCAAACCCUUCUUACAAGCAAGGCCAAUGCCACUUUCCAAACAAACCCCUGCCAUCAGCAGGCACCUUGCCUUGGGUUCAGGGCAUCAUCUGCAACAUCAACAACCCCUGCUUCCACACCCCAACACCAGGAGAGACACCGGGCCAAGUGGGAAACUUUGACAACUCCAUCCUGUCACGUCUUUUGUUGGAUGCUCAGACUGUUCUGUCCUAUGGUGCAAACCGGAGCUUCACUGGCUACCAGGACCUGAUGAAGAAUGCCCGGAUGCUGGGAGAAAGACUAGAAUCAUUGCCAAGUGUCCCGGUGAAAGAAUGCCUGAGAGCCAACCAGACGUUGUCCAGCUUUCUCCUGACCAAUACCAGCCUGUCACCCACAGCUGUGGACCAGCUGAUGAACGCUCGGCUGAAUUUUCAGGCCACGUUGACAUUAGCUCAGGUGCAACCAAAGGACUUGGUGUGCAAUCUAAGCACACUGGAACAGCUGUUGACUGUUGAUGGAGGAGCAGCCAACAUGACAGAGCUUCAGACUCAGUUGUGUGACCAGCCAGCCAACGUCCUGCAGGAAGCUGAGCGCCUUUUCCUCACCCAGCUUGACUUGACCAAGUUCUUCACAGCAGACUUGCUAAGGGUCAGUGCUGGAGACCUCAUGCUCAUCAAUCAGGCUGUCGCUUCAGUUUCAGAGGAACUGGCUGAACUCAUGAAUGAUCUAUCCUCCCUCUCUAGUUUUGCAGAAAUGAGCGAUGCGCUUGAGCUUCUGUCACCCGAAAACCGCAGAGCUAAACCCAGAGAAAGUUUUAGAGCUUUUUCGAAGAUCAUUUGUGGCCAUCCAAAGAUUGGUGGCGAACGUAUUCCAUCACUUAAUUGGUAUGAAAACAAUGAUAUCAAGUCUUUCUUGGGUAACAAUGGCACAGAGGACCUGAAUCUGGACAGCAACAAUAACACAACUCCGUUUUGUAGAAAUUUGAUCCAAGGUCUGGAGUCCAACCCCCUGUCCCGCAUUGUGUGGCGAGGAAUCAAACCUCUGUUUAUCGGAAAAGUGUUGUACACACCAGACAAUCCUGCUGUGCAGAAAAUCAUGAAAGAGGUAAACAAGACUUUUGAAGACAUGCAGAUUCUCCAGGAUCUCAGUGAUGCCUGGGAGGAGGUGGGACCACAAAUCAAGAACUACAUGGAGAACAGUGCAGAGAUUCAGCUGCUGCAGAAUUUGCUGAAGCGUCCAGAGAUUGCAGUACUGAUCAAUAUGCGCUUGGAAGGCACGCCUUACACAGCCUCCCAGAUCGCUCGUUUCCUGUCUACACCCCCACCAGACACCCCAAGAAAGCAAGGGGCAUCAACUACGUGGUUGGACCUCUACCAUGAUGUCGGAAACACCAUCACCACUCUCGCACAAGUCAUUGAGUGUUUCACCUUGGACAAACUGGAGGGGUAUGAAACAGAGGGCCAGCUGAUUGAAAGAGCUAUGGAGCUGCUGGAGGACAGGCAUUUCUGGGCAGGUGUGGUUUUCAUGCUCCCAAACACUUCCUCAACGGAGCUACCACCACAUGUCACAUACAAGAUUCGAAUGGAUAUUGAUGAUGUGACCCGGACCAAUAAGAUCAAGGAUAGGUUUUGGGAUCCUGGACCAUCUGCCGACCCAUUUAGUGAUAUGCGCUACAUUUGGGGUGGGUUUGUCUACAUCCAAGACUUGGUGGAGAGAGCAGUUAACACCAUACUAACUGGAGUAAAACAGAACAUUGGAAUAUACAUCCAGCAGAUGCCUUACCCCUGCUAUGUGGAUGAUGUCUUUCUUCGAGUGCUAAAUCGCUCCUUGCCUCUUUUCAUGACCCUUGCAUGGAUCUACUCAGUGGCUAUGAUCAUCAAAGGUGUGGUGUACGAGAAGGAGGCAAGGCUAAAGGAAACCAUGAGGAUUAUGGGUCUGGGUACAGGGACGCUGUGGUUCAGUUGGUUCAUCAGCAGCUUAAUUCCUUUCUUAAUUUCUGCAGCACUUCUUAUUGCUCUGCUCAAGUGGGGUGACAUAUUACCAUACAGCGACCCAGCUGUUGUGUUCUUUUUCCUCAUGGCAUUUGCCACUGCAACCAUCAUGCAGUGUUUCCUCAUCAGCACGUUCUUCUCCAAGGCCAACCUGGCAUCUGCCUGUGGAGGGCUCAUCUACUUCAGCUUCUACCUGCCUUAUGUCCUGUGCGUUGCCUGGAGAGACCACCUCAAUUCUACACACCGAAUUUUAGCUAGUUUUUUGUCGCCUGUGGCCUUUGGCUUUGGUUGCGAUUAUUUCUCUCAGUAUGAAGAGCAAGGUGUGGGUAUCCAGUGGUACAACCUCCGGGGCAGCCCAGUAGAAGGAGACACGUACAACUUCACUACCUCCAUAACUAUGCUUUAUGUAGAUGCUGCUAUCUACGCCAUCGCAGCAUGGUACAUCGAAGCUGUUUUUCCUGGUGAUUAUGGGAUCCCCAGGCCCUGGUACUUUGUUUUUCAGAUGAACUACUGGGGUGGAGUUCCUCUUGAAGUAGGAAUGCCGAUCCCACCAGCACCGGCAGACCAGGAUGAAAGUAACAUCGAGUCAGAACCCUGUCACAUGACACUUGGCGUGAACAUCAGAAACCUGGUAAAGAUCUACAAGAAGGGAGGAAAGCUUGCCAUUGACCAUCUCAACCUGAAGUUCUACGAGGGGCAGAUCACCUCUUUUCUUGGCCACAAUGGAGCCGGAAAAACCACCACCAUUUCUGUUCUCACUGGAUUGUUUCCGCCCACCUCUGGGACUGUGUACGUCAAGGGGAUGGACAUUCGCUAUGACAUGGACAUCAUUAGGAGGACUCUGGGAGUUUGUCCGCAGCACAAUGUCCUGUUUGACAUAUUAACUGUAGAGGAGCACGUGUGGUUUUACGGAUGUUUAAAGGGUUUGUCUGAAGAAAAGGUGAUGGCUGAACUGGACACUUUGCUGGAGGAUGUUGGCCUAUUGCACAAACGCCACGAACAAACCAAAAACCUGUCUGGCGGCAUGCAGAGGAAGCUGUCUGUGGCCAUAGCUUUUGUUGGUGGCUCAAAGGUGGUCGUACUAGAUGAGCCCACAGCUGGUGUCGACCCUUACUCCCGCAGAGGGAUUUGGGAUCUGCUGCUGAAAUACCGGAAAGACCGUACUAUCAUCCUGUCUACUCACUACAUGGAUGAAGCAGAGCUGCUUGGUGACAGGAUCGCAAUCAUCUCUAAGGGUAAACUCUGCUGCUAUGGAUCACCACUCUUCCUGAAAUCUCGGCUGGGAUCUGGCUAUUACCUGACUGUGGUGAAGAAGGAAGAAAUGACCACCAGUACUCCCAGUGAUUCUAGUAUCUGCACCAGCACCAGUACCAACAAGCUGCCUGCACUUGCAAAAGACAGUGAGUCGUCCCUGAGUGACGACACUGGGCUUGGAAGUGAAGAGACCAACUUGUGUCUGGCAGCUUUGCUCUCUCUGGUGCAGCAGUACAUCCCUUCUGCGAGCCUUGUGGAGGAGUCUAAACGAGAGGCGGUAAUCAACCUGCCGCAGUCAGCCACGAAAGACAGCAGCCUGGCCAUCUUCCUGUCUAAACUAGAUGAAAGGCUUCCUGAGCUGGGCAUCAGCAGCUAUGGCCUGUCAGACAGCACACUGGAGGAGAUCUUUCUACGAGUGGCGGAGGAAACUGGCGUGGAUGCUGAUCCAGAGCAGCAGGAAGAGUCUCCACCCAACCAGCAGCCAUCAGAGCAGAAAGCUAGGGGGCAGCCCGCUGAAGAACCAUUCGCAGGAAGGAAACGCCUUCGUAAACGAGAACCUCAUGAGACAGACCUACUGAGUGAAAAUAGCCAAGGUGGAGUGCCUAUGACAGGCUGGUGGCUGACCCUGCAGCAGCUGAGAGCUCUCUUCACCAAACGCUGGCUUUAUGCUCGGCGGAGCCGCAGGGGAUUGAUCGCUCAGAUUGUUCUACCGGCUAUGUUUGUGCUGAUCGCGCUGCUCUUCAGCCUCAUUGCUCCUCCUUUUGGGAAGUACCCCGCCCUUCAGCUGCAGCCCUGGAUGUACGGUCAACAGUACACCUUCUUCAGUAAUGAUGACCCUGGAAACCGAGCUAUGGAGAACCUGCUGGAAGCUCUGCUUGACCAGCCUGGUUUUGGUACUAAGUGCAUGGAAAAAGAAGAAGAGGAUAACAGCACCCUUCAGUGUAAAAUGGAGCGGGGCACUCAGUUCAUGAGGCCACAGAUAUCUUACUCCACCUGGCAGAUGUUCAGCAGAGGAAACUGGAGCAGACAGAGGCCCUCACCUGAAUGUCAGUGCAGUACUGACGACAUCCGCAGGAUGCUCCCCGAGUGCCCGGAAGGCGCCGGUGGGCUUCCACCUCCACAGAUUAAGAGGCUGACUGGAGACGUCCUUCAGAAUCUAACAAGUUAUAAUAUCUCUGAUUAUCUGGUGAAGACCUACUCCCAAAUUCUCAAGAAAAGCCUAAAAACAAAGAAGUGGGUGAAUGAAUUCAGAUAUGGAGGCUUCUCUUUGGGGGGUAAAGCCACCCAGAAUGUUUAUGAGGUCCAGCAUCUAGAAGAUUCAGUCAUGGCAAUCAAAUCUCGUUACCACGUUCAACAGAACAGUUCUCUGAAUCAACUACUGAACAAACUGCCAGAUUUUCUGGGAGGAAUGCACAGUCAAAACAAUGUCAAGGUGUGGUACAACAACAAGGGCUGGCACGCCAUGGUGUCCUUUGUCAACGUGAUGAACAACGGCCUGCUGAGAGCGAGCUUGCCACCAGGUCCGGAGAGGAGCAAACAUGGCAUCACUGCCUACAACCACCCUCUCAAUCUCACCAAGGAGCAACUCACAGAAAUGGCCAUGAUGACCACAUCAGUGGAUGUUCUGGUGUCCAUCUGUGUGAUCUUUGCCAUGUCCUUUGUUCCGGCAAGUUUCACUCUUUUUCUGAUUGAGGAGCGAGUCAGCAAUGCCAAACAUCUGCAGUUUGUCAGCGGGGUCAAACCGAUUAUCUACUGGUUGGCCAACUUUUCCUGGGACAUGUUGAACUACGCCGUCCCAGCAACCAUGGUGGUGCUGAUUUUCAUCGGCUUCCAGCAAAAGUCCUAUGUCUCAGAGACCAACCUGCCCGCUCUCAUCCUGCUCCUCCUGCUCUAUGGGUGGUCCAUAACUCCACUGAUGUACCCAGCAUCUUUUUUUUUCACCGUCCCGAGCACAGCUUAUGUUGUGCUCACCUCCGUCAACCUUUUUAUCGGUAUCAACGGCAGCAUCGCCACCUUCGUCCUGGAGCUUUUUGUUGAUGAGCAUCUGAACUAUGUCAACAGGAUCUUAAAGAAGGUGUUUUUAAUUUUCCCUCACUUCUGCCUGGGACGUGGGCUCAUCGACAUGGCUAAAAACCAGGCCAUAUCCGAUGCCUUCCAGAGGCUGGGCGCCAAACAGACUCCAGACCCUCUUCAAUGGGACUUUGUGGGAAAAAACCUAUUUGCAAUGGCAGUAGAGGGUGUUGUCUUCCUAAUUUUCACCAUACUCCUGCAGUACAAGUUCUUCUUUUAUUUCAGACCAUGGUGGACCAAGCCUCAGCUGCCUCCUCUUGGUCCAGAAGAUGAGGAUGUUGCCAGGGAGCGCGAGAGAGUCAAAAGUUGCAGGGCGCAGUCAGACAUCCUCACCAUGAUAGACCUGAGCAAGGUUUAUAAAGCAGGCAAAAAGCCUGCAGUGGAUCGUCUUUGCCUGGGGAUUCCCCGUGGGGAGUGUUUUGGCCUGCUUGGAGUGAACGGAGCUGGGAAGACGUCCACGUUUCGAAUGCUGACUGGAGAUACACCAAUCACACAUGGCGAGGCUUUCCUCAACCAUCACAGGUGCACCUCCGCUGCACUGAUACAGGCCUCAAACAUCAAACUUGUACUAAAUCCGACCUGUGUGUUGGUUCUCAGUGUGGUGACAGAGAUGGAGCGAGUCCACCAGCUGAUGGGUUACUGUCCACAGUUUGAUGCCAUCAGCGACCUGCUGACCGGGCGGGAACAUCUGGAGCUGUACGCCCGACUGCGCGGCAUCCCGGAGGAGUCUGUCAGCAAGGUGGCACACUGGGGUAUAAAGAAGCUUGGAUUGAGUCAGUAUGGAGAGCAGGAAGCUGGAGGCUACAGCGGAGGCAACAAGAGGAAACUCUCCACUGCCAUCUCCCUCAUUGGAGCUCCGCCUGUUAUUUUUCUGGAUGAGCCCACCACUGGGAUGGACCCAAAAGCCAAAAGAUUUUUGUGGAACUGCAUCCUCAGCGUCACCAAAGAAGGCAGAGCUGUGGUCCUCACCUCCCAUAGUAUGGAGGAGUGUGAGGCCCUGUGCAGCAGGAUGGCCAUCAUGGUCAAUGGCAGGUUUCAGUGUCUGGGGUCUGUACAACACCUUAAGAACAGGUUUGGUAACGGAUACACCAUCAUCGUCCGUUUGGCCGACCCCAGCUCUGAACCUGACUCGUGUCCCGUCAGCGACUACAUGAGGAAAUGUUUUCCCAGCAUCGAGCUGAAGGAGCAGCACCAGAACGUUCUGCAGUACCAGCUGCCUUCCUACGCCUGCUGCCUGGCAUAUGUUUUUGAUGUGCUGUCCAACAAUUACGAGGACCUGGGUAUCAUGGACUUCUCCGUCUCCCAGACCACGCUGGACCAGGUGUUCGUCAGCUUUGCAAAGGAGCAGACUGACGACAACUGCCUCACAGAUGUUAUCAUCAGCAACGGGGCAUUGCAGAUAAACCCGCCCGCCAUCCAGCCCCAGCCCCCCAUCACCCCUCCACACCUGAGGAAGUCUCCGCAGCGUCCGGAAAAGUCCCCCGACAGCAAAACGAAGGAAGGUAAACCAAAAAAGGCCAAAGCCAGCAAGCCCAAGUCCAACGCUGAGAAGAGCAGCAGCGUGGCCAUGAGCAGAAUACCGCAGCCGGACGAGAGGGCUCAGGAGAUGAGCAGCAGCGGGUCGACCAGCAGCAACGGUUGUCCUAACGGGGAGUCCAGUAAACCCCACGGGUCCAAACACAGGCUGCCCAGCUGCAGCAAAGAUCCGUCCGAGCUCUUUAUAGUCGGCAGCAACUUACAGGACAGCUCACUGUGA